AUGUUGAUCACCCUGGUGAAUGGCUACGAAGUCCCGGACAUUGCCUCGACGUGUGGAUCCAUGCUUCGAGAAUGUAUUCGACAUGAUCAUUUGGCAAAGGAUCUCAUCACAAAGCACAAGAACCUCUGCGCCGAGUUCCUCGACACCAAUUACGACAAAUUCUUCGGUGAAUACCAGAAGCUGUUGAAUUCGGAGAACUAUGUGUCCCGGAGACAGUCGUUGAAGCUCCUCGGCGAGCUUCUCCUCGACCGGCAUAACUUCAACGUGAUGACGCGGUACAUCUCCAACCCCGACAAUUUGAAGCUGAUGAUGAAUUUGCUGGGGGAAAAGUCGAAGAGCAUCCAGUUUGAGCUUUCCACGUUUUCAAGAAUACCCAAGACCUCAAGAAAACAGCUCACGCAUGAAUACCCUCAAUUCCAGGCGUUCGUCGCCAACCCCAACAAGCCGCGCCCAAUCGCCGACAUCCUGCUCCGGAAUCCCAAGGACAAAGCACACCGACUCCUCUCCAACUCCACAACGACCGGACCGAGGACGAGCAGUUCAACGACGAGAAGGCCUACUCAUCAAGCAGAUCCAGGAGAUGAAGGCCUAGCCUGUGCCCCAUUU